AUGGCCAUCUUGGUCUGGGCUCUGUCUGAUGUUUUGUCUUAUUUGGGAAGGGCAUUUGGUGCUAGUAAUGCCAGUCAGGGCGACAAUGGAAACAUAGCACAACAACAAUCUGCAAACCUAAUCACCAAGUCUUCAUCAAUCCCUAGUGAUCCAUCAGCCGCAGAUACAUCUAGUUCUGAUCUGGGGCCGAGCGCUAAUGCGCCUAAAAAUAAUCUGUCCAGGGCUUUUUCUGAAGAGGCUCUUGAUUAUGAAGCCAUGAUACUGGAUAUGCGUGGACAGAAUUUAACCAGCCCAGCUGGUUUAUCCUCAAAUGAUCUAUCGAGGGCAUUGGUUGAUAGGUUUUCUAUCGUUGAGUUGAAGCAUAAAUUCCAACUUUACAAGGUUGAAUUUUUGCUGCUAACCAGGAAUUUGAAGCUAGCCAAACGUGAAGUGAAGCUCGCUAAGGACAUUGCACGUGGAAGAGAUUCUUCAAUGGCUCUUCUUUUGAAAUCUCAGCUUGAAUAUGCUCGCCAUAACCACCGCAAAGCAAUCAAGCUAUUGAUGGUAUCAAACAACAGGACAGACCCAGCAUUUUUGAGCAUUUUCCACAACAAUCUUGGUUGCAUUUACUAUCAGCUUGGGAAAUACCAGACAUCAUCUUUGCUUUUCUCUAAGGCAUUGACUAAUUGUUCAUCCCUUAGGAAGAACCAACCGCUAAAGCUGCCAACCUUCUCUCAGGAUAACGCUCUUCUUAUAGUAUAUAAUUGUGGUAUGCAGUACUUGGCCUGUGGAAAGCCAUUACUUGCUGCUUGCUGUUUUCAGAAGUCUAGUAUGGUCUUCUACAAUAAGCCUUUCUUGUGGCUUCGGCUAGCUGAAUGCUGUCUGAUGGCUUUGGAAAAGGGCCUAAUUAAAUCAAGCCGUAUUUUACCAACAAGAUUGGAAGUUGGAGUUCAUGUUGUUGAGGGAAAAUGGAGGCAACUUGUACUGAACAAUGAGAUUCCAAGAAAUGGAUGUGCAGACUCGCUUGACAGAGAUGAUUGUCAUCUCAAAAAUGAUGUGCAGCUGAAUUUAUCGUUGUCUCUGGCCCGGCAGUUCCUGUUAAAUGUCCUGUACUUGAUGGAUUCCAACAAGACGGAUAAUUUAAAGUCUGGCUUGCCUUUCAAUUCGUUAAGUGAGGAAAAUCAUUCAGGUGAUGUGUCAUCCAACAAUUCAAAUAAUAAGAAUUCACUCGGAAUCGAUUUCAAGGCAUUUUCAUUAGCAUUAAGCUUAGGUCAUGCUAAUUCAAACGGAGACGUGAAAGAGCAAAAGGGAGGUGCUAAUCAGGAGGUCAUUCAGAACUCGCUGUCCUCUUAUGAAGAUAUUUGCAGAAGAGAAAAUUUAUUGAUUAAGCAGGUAGCCCUUGCUACCCUGGCGUCAGUUGCAACAUCUCUUCUGGAACUUCCAGAAUGCUCUAGAAUUUAUCUCUUUCUAGGCCAUGUUUAUUCAGCAGAGGCACCCUGCUUGCUAAAUAGACCAAAGGAAGCUGCCCAGCAUUUGUCAAUUUAUAUGUCUAGGGGAUACGCUAUUGAAUUGCCUUUCAGUCGAGAUGACUGCAAGAAAUGGCAGGUGGAGAGAACUGCUGAAUUUGAAGACGGAACUGCAGGAUCUAUGCCAGCCAACAUUUCUUCAUCUGACGAUUCUCAACGUAUGGAUUUUCUUAAGCCAGAAGAGGCCCGUGGGAUAAUUUAUGCAAAUUUUGCAGCACUAUCUGUAAUGCAGGGCGAGUUAGACCAAGCCCAUCAAUUAGUUGCCCAGGCGUUAUCCAUAUUGCCAAACAGUCCAGAAGCCACAAUUACUGCAAUUUAUGUAGAUCUCUUGCUUGGUAAGCCGAAAGAAGCUUUAUCCAAAUUAAAACAAUGUAGCCGCGUUAUAUUCCUUCCCAGUGCCAUUACAUUGAAUAAGUCUUAGAGUCUGUUGUAUUCAUGGGCUUUAUCAUUUUUGCCUGAUCUUCUCAGAGCUAGUUAGCAGGUAGCUUAAUCUUUUCCAUAGCUUUUGUACCAUAUAUAUAGGUUCAGCAAUUCAGAGAAUAAUUUUUUGAUUUAUUCCUUUAUUAUGAUUUUCGAAUUCAAAUGUACGAGUCUCAUUCAUAGGCGUGGUGGCUGUCUUUUAAUUUUUGCUACUGCCACCUUAGAAAUUUGAGGUGUAAUUUUUUUUUUUGGUUGAGUUGUGCUUUACAGGCUAAUUUAGUUUAUAUUUAAAGUAGAGCUCGUGCUUACAUCGACAAAG